AUGGCAAUUGUCAGGGCAAUAAAAGAGAAUGACUUUGACAAAGUGCCCGACGUCGUCAUAGUCAGUUCGGGUGCAGGUGGGCUCACAGCAACGUUACGUGCAAAGCAUCACGGUCUGGAACCAUUGGUAGUCGAAAAGACAUUUACGAUCGGCGGAUCCAGUACAUACUCUGGGGGUACGCUCUGGGUCCCGAACAACCAUGUUUCGAAAGCAGCAGGCAUGGAAGGUAGCCCGGAGGAAGCUCUUACCUACCUCGAAGCAGUCGUACCACCAAACACACAGUCCAGUACGAAGGAGAGGAAACUAGCAUUCCUCAACGAGAGUCCGAAGAUGGUAAAAUUCUUGGAGGAUGGCGGAUUUAAGUGGCACGCCAGCCCAGGUUCCAAGCCUCUAGGUCGUGUGAUUGAGGGCAAAGUUUUUGAUCUUAAGAAGCUGAAAGAUUGGCGGUCUAUGAUUAGGCUUCCACCCGGUCCCAACUUUAUCGUUUACGCCAACAAAAGCCCUCACAUGUUUCGCAUGGGCGCUCAUCUCCAAGAUUUCCUCAAAGUCAGUGUUGUUGUAGCCAGAUUGGCGGUUCAGGUUUUGGCUGGCCAAAAGCCGGUGACAUUGGGCAAGUCACUGAUUGGACAAUUGCUUUAUAUGAAUAAGCAGCAAGGCAUGGAGAUGUGGAGGGGAAGCAAGUUGGUGGAGCUUGUGACUGACGAGAAGGAAGCGGUGGUGGGUGUUGUGGUUGAAAGAGAUGGUCACCGCUACCUGAACGAAGCCUUAGACUACGAUGAUUUCGGUAAGAUAAUGAACAAACGCCAUGAAGCCACUUUAGCUGCACCCUCGUGGAUCAUCAUUGAUGCAAGACACCGCGACAAGUAUAUUCUCGGCCAGUUCGGUCCACGGUAUAUACCACAGUGGGCGAUUGAGAAUGGGCUCAUUUACAAAGACGACAGUAUCGCAGGUCUAGCCAAGUAA